AUGACUGACGUUUCACCUAAUUCAAAAAUUGAACAUUUGACACCCGAUAAUAUAACCGUGACUGCUCCACCUCAACCACCAUUUUCAUCGUCAACAUCAGCAUCAGCUUCAACAUCAACAUCUAUAGCUGAAGAUCACCUUACUACACCUAUUCCAACCCCACUGCCUUCUCAUAGAAGAGGUAGUAGUAUAGGUAGUUCCAAUUCACCUUCUCGUAAUAGAAGCAAUAGCAAUAGUGCGAAUGCCUUGACUCCAACUCCAUCUCAUCAUCAACCAGCACAUUCAAUAACUAGACAACGGAGAUCAUCUUCAUUGAUCCAACAUUUGGAACCAGAUACUUUAGACACGAAAAUCGAUCAAGCAUUGAAUCCUAAUGUUAAUGCCAAUUGGGUUCAUCAAAAAGGUGCAUGGGUGAUUCAUGUUGUCAUUAUUAUAUUAGUGAAAAUGAUUUUCAAUUUUAUUAGUGUUUUAAAUAAUGAUUGGAAAUGGACUUUAACUAAUUUGACUUAUAAUAUUGGUUCAUAUAUUAUGUUUCAUCAAGUUAAAGGAACUCCAUUUGAAUUUAAUAGUGGGGCCUAUGAUAAUUUAACCAUGUGGGAACAAAUUGAUAAUGGUGAUCAAUAUACUCCAUCGAAAAAAUUUUUGAUGUUGGUUCCUAUUGGAUUGUUUUUAAUUAGUACUCAUUAUUCAAGUUAUAAUUUGAAUUUGUUCAUAUUAAAUGGACUUAGUUGUCUUUGUGUGGUUGUUCCUAAAUUAGCUUUUGCUCAUAGAUUAAGAGUGACGUUAUUUUGA